AGAAAGUAAAGUGACAAUAAAUAUUCAUGCUGCAGUGUAUAAUGGCAAAAAUAUAUUCCCAGGUAAUAAUUAUUUCUUUACUUAUUUCUGAAAAUAUUUCACUUUGUUUUCAUUUUGAAAAGCAGUGGAGGAACUUUAAGAUUAAAUUUAAUAAGAAGUACGGAGAAGACGAAGCAAUCAUAAGGCACGAUAUCUGGUUACAAAAUUUGGAUUUCAUUUUACAGCAUAACAUAGAUUAUGACUUGGGAUUGAAGUCUUACAAGCUCGGACUUAACGAAUAUAGCGACUUGAACCAUACGGAAUUCAUACAGAAGAUGUGCGCUUCGAUGGUAGCAGUAAAUAGAACGACGGCGUCAGUAUUCACUUUUAAUAGUGUUGCUGAUAUAGUUCUUCCAGAUUAUGUCGAUUGGAAGAAAAAAGGAUACGUUACUAAAGUCAAACAUCAGAGAGAAUGUGGUGCUGCUUGGGCUUUCUCUGCCACUGGAGCAUUAGAAGGACAACAGAAAAGGAAAACAAAUAGAUUGGUUACGUUAAGUGAGCAGAAUUUAAUCGAUUGUUCUAAAUCACAAGAAUUUAUCUUAGGUAACAAAGGAUGUGGAGAAGGUUCAGCAGAUCAAGCGUUUGAAUAUGUAAAACUUAACGCAGGUAUCGAUACUGAAGAAUCGUAUUCUUACGUAGGAAAAGAGGGCCCUUGCAGAUUUAAUAGUAAAUCCGUUGGAGCUACGUGUUACGGAUUUGUGGAUCUUCCAAGUGGGGACGAAAAAUCACUGCAGCAUGCAAUUGCCACUAUUGGUCCAAUUUCUGUUGUGAUCGAUGCAAGUUCUCGAUUCUUUCAAUUCUACAGGGAUGGAGUUUACGAUAAUGAAAAUUGCAGCAGUGAUUUAUUAAAUAUGCCUGUUCUUGUUGUUGGAUAUGGAAGCGUUAAGGACGGUGCCGAUUAUUGGCUUAUUAAAAAUAGCUGGGGAACAAGCUGGGGUAUAGGUGGUUAUAUCAAAAUGUCAAGAAACAAAAAGAAUCAAUGUGGAGUCGCCACCUUGGCCAGUUAUCCUCAAGUAUAAUUAAAAUAUUGUACUUUUUUAUAUUCAUAUAUGUAUAUAUAGUGUAUCAUAAGUUUAAAACCAUAGAGUAUAUGUUGAUCUUCGUUUAGUCUUUAUCGGCUUAAGCAAGGCGCCGAAUAAAAAGAAAUGAAUUCAAGAUUUCGGUGAGAUGACACGCAAUCGGCAUGAAGUCGCCGAAAAGUAUAGAUGCAUCCUAUUAAACACUUCGGUAAUUUCACGCUGAUUGCGAGUCUCCACCCUCAAAAUAACUCGAAUUCAGUUUCAACUCAUUCAACGCAAUACUUUACCUGUAAAAGUAUUGACAAGGUUUAACUAACGCUUAUGGUUUUAGACUUAGAGGAGUCCCUGCAAAUGUAUACAUGUAAUGAUCCGAACGAAAAAUAAACAAUUUACAAAUACAUAAAUGAGAAAAUACAUGUUAUGCUGAUGUAUUGAUAAAUUAAAUUAAGGAAUGAAACUUGUUAAUGGUUUGGCA